AAAAAAAAAGGACCGACAGGCGUGCGCUCGCUGGGUUUGUUGAUAUUGAUGCACUGCCAUUUGAUGCUCCAGGCCAGACUACGACUUUCACGGCAACCUCAUACUAGAUAUCUAACUACACAAAGGGCUUCCGAAAUUUCUUCGUUGUCCGAGUAUUAACGGCACAGGCUUGCUUCGCCCCCUUCAUGAGCACCCCUUUGCGGCGUCACAAUGGCCGACCACAACUACAAGUACGAUCUCGACUCCAGCAACAAGCGAUCGACCUCACGUACGCGCAACUCACGUCCCACAACACCGAUGCGCCCGACGACGCCACUGCGCCCAUCGUCGCGAUCCUCUUUUCGCGAAUCUGCCCGUGACAGCGUCCAUGGCGGCGGCGAGUCUUUCCCUCUAAACACCUUCGAGCCGGCCUUCGCCGAGCUUUCGGACGCCGUCGCCGACCUCGAGGCCAACAUGAUGCAUUUUCAGCUGAUGCAUGAGAGCUUGGCCCGUUUCAGCGAGUCGUUUGCAAGCUUUCUGUAUGGUCUGAACAUGAACGCCUUUUGCGUCGACUUUCAGGAGGGUCCUGUUGCAGAGUCUUUCCGGCGCGCAAAGCAGCAUGAAGAGUCGAACGUAAACACAGGCAUAGGAAUUCCUCGUGCACAAGAGAAGACCGCCCCCGAGAAUGACGGCGAAACGACUUUUAUGACUACGGAUGUUUCUUUCGUCGAAAACCCACCUGCCUCCUCCAAGUCGACCCCGAGAUAUAAGACCCCUACUACAAAAGGGUCACGCGUGCCUGCGCCGGCCACCCGCGGUGGGACAACGCGGGGCCGCGCAGGAGGCCGUGGAGGUACCGAGACACAAAGAGGCCGGGGUAGCGGACUGGUCAGACCUCGCGGCCGUGGACUUCGGUGAAAUCCUUUUUACAAGAUCCGGCUGCCACAUGUUCUCCAAAGGCAGGCCUUUACCUUCCUUGCCCUCUGGUAUUCGGAGGUGCCAGUCCCGUCCACCCUCCCCUCCUGAGCUGACGAGCAGGGGGAUGAUAUCAAGACCAGUUCAUUAUGUCGUUGUGAAAGGGUAUCAUCUAGUGUCUACUCUCGAGCCACGGUAGACCUGUGGGCCAAAGAACAGGACUCAAGUCUCCAUCUCAAUUUCCUGGUCGAGGGCCUUCUCGGGGCCGUCGUUAUUGGCGCCCUUGUUGUCCGUUCGGAGACCAAUAGCAGCCUCGGCGUCCUUUUGGGUGUAAGGUUCCUCCUUCAGCUGCUUAACUCUAGGCGGAGGUCAGUCGUUGCCCGACAGAUUCACGAAGCCGGGUGCCCCAGGCAUUGUAUUUAGUCGACGAACCUGCGCUUGUGAGGCUUGCCUCUGCGGUGGCCGACGAGGCUGACCUCAGUCUCAAACCACUUAGCACAUUCGAUGCAGUAAUGCUGUCCCAACCCGGGAAGAUCUUCCUUUGCCUUGGUGUUCUUGAAUAUCUGCAGGUGCCUCGCUGAUCGCAUGUCGGACUUUAUUUGAUGCUUACCUUGUCUUCCUCCGCGUCUUGGUCAGGGUCUUCUUGUUGGUGACGCCCAUCUUGCCUAUCGAUCUCAAUAUUUGUACGUGUGCUAUGUGGUUGAUUCGCUGAGUGUAGGUUGCUUCAAUACCGCCGAUGGACGCAAUUAGUGGCAGAAUCCCAAAUUGCGCCUUGAGAUGGCGAUGGCGGGGCAGAAUUUUGGUGGUGAGCCGUAAAAAAGUUGCUUCACCGCCCAGUUGGAACCCUGGAAAUCCGGACCCGCAGGAAAGUUUGAGAGCGAUUCUAGGCACAGUCCGACUAACAGUGCAAAUUUACGGUGCGAUCAAAACGAACACGGUGUUUACGGUGACAUGGAGAUGGGAAUCAC